ACACGUUCAGGGCUGCUGGGGAAAAGAAAGUGAAAGAAUAAAAGUGAUUUCAGUGUUUAGACCCAGAGCCGUCGAGGAGGUUACUUUCACUAUGUCUUCAGACGAGGAUUUCUCUCUGGUGAUGGAUCCAUCCAAGACCACCUUAGAGGAGAUUGAGGCUUCAAUCGCCAACUACAAGAAACAAUAUGAGCUGCUUCUCCAGGAGCAGAAGGACUUGGUCGCCACCAGAGAUGACCAGCAGGAAAUGGUUCAGAAGUUCAGGAAGCGCAUCGACAAACUGACCCAGAGUGAGGAAGAGGACCAGAACACCUACAAGGAGAACAUUGAAAAGGAGACGGCGAAGCUGAACUUGCUCAGCCAGGAGGAGCCAGAACUGAUGAAGGAGAUUGACAAAGUAAAGGCAAUCCUAGAGGGGGAAGAGGCGCAAAACCGCCAUCUGAAACAGCAGACUGAAGUGUUCACUGCUGUACCAGAGAGGAAGGUUGUAUUCAUGGGGUCGACAGGAAAGGCAUGCGAUACACAAACGUUUGAGAUGGAACCUAGUAUAGUUUAUCCGAUGGAGGAGGGAACGGCACUGAUUACAUUUGAGGAAGAAGUAGUGGCUGGGAAGAUCCUGGAACUUAAGAAGCAUAAGGUGGAUCUGGGAGGAGAAUGCAGCAUCACUGUGGAGGCCAGACCAGUUCAGCUGAUGAUGCCCAGGCUGGUGGAGAUAGACUCUGAGGUGUGUCCUCAGCGCAUAUUAAUCUCCAACCUGCCAAAGAUGGACAGCGACACUCUGCUGAGCAAGCUGGAGAUCCACUUCUCAAAGAGUAGAAACGGAGGCGGCGAGGUGGAGGACUGUGAAAUGAUGUUUGACUCUUGGACUGUGGUAGUCACCUUCGUGGGGAACAGCAUUGCCAAACGUUUGACAGAUACAGAGUACCAUGAAGUGGAGCUACAAAAGAAGAAGAAGUACAAAGUGCGGGUGACUCCUUUUCUCAAUGGAAAUAUUACAAACCUACAGACCAAGAUGUCGGUGUGUCCUCGGACGGUGCUGCUGACAGGAAUCCCUGAAGUCAUGGAGCAAGAGACCCUGCAGGAUCUGCUUGAAAUCCACUUCCAGAAAAGCGCUAAUGGUGGAGGAGAGAUCGAAGCCUUCCUCUACAACCCACUGGGUCAGCAAGCCUCGGCCCUCUUUGGGGGCAUCUCCCAAAACGGAGAGAAGGAUUAGACUGUAGAUUCAUCACUGUUGCUCAAAAGAAAAAACCCUCUCAGGUUCAUGGUGACAUCGGGUCCACCCUGCCAAAAAAAAUCUGUACUGGUCCUAUAUCCACUUACCUUCUGCGAUACAAGACAGUAUAAUUUAGUACAAAGUAAUUAACUUCUUGUUUUGGGAUGUUUUAUGGCAUCAAUUAAACGGACAUCUGUCAUUUUGUCUAGAACAAAAUCUCUGAUGUCUGCUACUAUCAAUUCUAAGAACUAUAAAACUUUAACCUGGGUAUUUUCUGUGUAGUUAUUUAAAAAUGUAUAUUAAUGGGACGUAGUAGUACAACAGUGUAACUAAAACUAGGCAAUAACCACAUUAAUCAUCAAGAAAUCUGUACUUUCAUCAUGUAAAUCUAUGGCAAACCUUUUUUAUUGUAUAAAAAUGUCACAUUGUCGCUCAGUGCAAUUAAACUGCUGUAUGAAAUAACACGGACAAAGUUUUUGGUUUCUUAAUAUAAGUAGGAAGCGAGUUUAUUUGCUUUCUGUGGAAGAGUUAAUGCUAGAUUAAAUUAGUCAACUCUUAUCUGUCCAUUCAAUACACAGCUUAGUUUAUAACGACUGAAAACAAAACGGCUAGUUCUGCCUUUUCCCCUUUGUUUCCAGUCUUUGUGCUAAGCUAAGCUAAGCAGCAGGUAGCUGUUAGCUUCAUGUGUAACAGCUAAAUCUAUCAGGAAAGCGAAUAUGUAUUCCUUUACGUAAACACAGAUUUUAAUCGGGGUCCCACUCAUUUUCCAGGAGUUUUUCUUAACACAGACCACACAGACCUUUUUCACAGCAUCCAUUUUGACAUGAAAUAAUAGGUUAAACACAGGUGUUACCAGUGAAACUUAUUAAGGCUCCAUUCCAUUUAGUGUAGCACUAAACUGUUUGAUCUGAAUGGAAGCUUUACAAGUAACGUGCUACCAAUUAUCACCAAAAUGAUAACUAACAUUUUACAGGACAAAAAAAAAAAAAAAAUGUCCAGGUGUUUCCAUGACUGGAAAACUAGCGUCUAAAUUUCCAGGACUUGUGGAAAUCCUGUUUAAUUCGAGGUUGAAAUCCCUGCGUUCAACUGUAAAUGUCUAAAAGCAUCUUUUUGUGAUAGCGUUAAGUGUUCCCAUUGCAUAUAAAUAUUAAAAAUGACCACUGAUUGAUUGAACAAAAAAAAGAGAGACUGAAUUCAGAUCAGGUUUAUUGUAAAAACAACAACAGAGUUAAAGUAACAGCACAUUUAAAAAAAAAAAAACUAAACUGACAUUACUUAAAGAAUCCAGCUAUAUCCCCUAGUGCACAAACUGGAAAACAAACAAAGCAGCAGCUGAAGAUCCACAGAAGAACGAGCUAACAGGUCAGGCACUUAGACAGAGAGAGGAACAGGUCUAUAGCAUGUGUGUAAAAAUAAAAAUACAUUCCAAAAAAAAAAAAGGAAAAA